CUGACCGCCUCAGAAAAACAAGAAAUGGAGGAAAUUUAUGUCAAUGCUGAAUAUUUCAAAUAUGACAACCCAAUACCUUCAACAAUAAAUCGCAAGGGUCCAAGAAGCUCUAAGAGAAGUUUCUAUUCAGGUGUUACUCUCUCUCUGGGACUGCUGAGUGUUCUCCUGCUGAUUGGACUCAUCACCCUUGGGGUCUACUUGCAUGAUUCGACCGCAAGUCUCUCUGCCACGAGUAGCAAACUUUCCUCCAUGACUGAGGAGAGAGACCAUCUGAAGGCAAAUCUUUUCGCUAUGAGGAACAAUCUUUCUGCCGUGACUGAGGAGAGAGACAAUCUGAUGGCAAAUCUUUCCGCUAUGAGGAACAAUCUUUCCUCCAUGACUGAGGAGAGAGACCAUCUGAAUGCCCGUCUAACUGAAAAGACCAAAGAGCUGGAAAGACUUCAGAGUUUGUCCAAACAGAACAAAGCAUGUCCUGCAGGAUGGAGGAAGCUCAGCUGUAGUUGUUAUCUCCUGUCUGAAAGGUCUGAUUCCUGGGAUGCAGCCAGAAAGGACUGCAGAGACAGAGAAGCAGAUCUGGUGGUGAUAGACAGCUCUGAAGAACAGAUGUUCCUCGCGACGGUCACCAAGGGUAACUCUUGGAUUGGUUUGAAUGACAAAGAACAGGAAGGACAGUGGAAAUGGGUGGAUGGAACUCCACUGAUCUUGUCGAACUGGAUGACAAAUGAACCCAAUAAUGUAGGCGAUGAAGAUUAUCCACAGUGGGGUGAAGAAGACUGCGCUCAUGACAGAGGGAUCAGGUUGUGGAAUGAUAUUUCAUGUUCAGCUUCUUUUAAGUGGAUCUGUGAAAAAAUGCCAUAA